GAGAGUACAACUCGGAUGCCUACUUCCGCGUGUAGCAAUAGCACAGCUCUUUCCAAAAGUUAUAACCGCAUAAAUCAUUCGGUUGCCAAGUCACUUUCAGAACAAGUUGAGGAAAUGGAUGGCUCGCAAACAUCUCCUCUGCUAAGUGGUCUUGAGGAUCAAUGUGAGGAGGACCGAAAGGUGGAAAGGAAGCCUACUGGAGGAUGGAGAUCUGCCAUUUAUAUAAUCGGAGUCGAAGUUGCAGAGCGAUUCGCAUACUAUGGCAUCUCAGCAAAUCUGAUCAUGUAUCUCACCAUUGUCUUGAACGAGUCGACUGUGUCUGCAGCGAAGAAAGUGAACACUUGGAGUGGUGUAGCCGCCCUACUUCCGUUGCUCGGAGCGUUCAUUGCAGACUCCUAUUUGGGCCGCUACCGAACCAUACUCAUUUCGUCGUUGAUUUAUCUCCUGGGACUUUCCUUAUUAACUAUGUCAGUGGCGAUGGUGAUUCCUCUUCAAGUUCGGGAAUUGCUCUUUUUCAUUUCCCUGUAUAUGGUGGGCAUAGGACAAGGAGGACAUAAACCAUGCGUGCAAGCAUUUGGAGCGGAUCAAUUCGAUGAAGAUAGCGCCGAAGGGAGAAAAGCCAAGAAUUCUUUCUUCAAUUGGUGGUAUUUUGGGAUUUGCAGUAGUGCGGGCGCAGGAACGCUUAUUGUAACUAAUAUUCAAGACAAUGUGGGUUGGGCUAUCGGCUUCGGGAUUCCCACGAUUGCUAUGGUGUUUGCUCUUUUCCUCUUUCUCUUUGGAUCGAACACAUACACCCAUAUAGUUCCAAGUGGGCAGAGCCCAUUGACUGGAGUUCCCAAAGUCAUUGUUGCUGCAGCCCGUAAGUGGCAUCUUCCAUCAAGAAAUGAUAAUCCAGAUGAGGGCGGAUGUGUGCCUGUGGCUAAGGAAGUUAUUUCUCAGACCAAUCAAUUCAAAUUCUUGGACAAGGCUACCAUUGUAGAUGACUUAGAUGCAUCUUGUUGUCAAAAUAGCUGGAGGUUAUGCACCCAAGCACAGGUCGAAGAAACAAAACAGAUCAUGCGCCUUGUACCCAUCUGGGCUUGUUGCUUAAUGUUUGCAGUUGUGUUCGCACAGCCUGGUACAUUUUUCACCAAGCAAUGUAGCACCAUGAACAGGAAGAUCUGGUCCUCCUUUGAGGUCUCUCCUGCGUCCCUCCUAGUUUCUUCAAGCCUAACAAUUGUUGCAUUCGUCCCCAUCUAUGAUCGAAUCCUCGUGCCAACCACAAGAAGACUUACUGGAAUCCCGUCCGGCCUAAUGACGCUCCGAAGGAUUGGAAUCGGGAUUUUUCUCUCGGUGACUUCCAUGGUUGUAGCAGCAUUGGUAGAGAUGAGAAGACUUAAAAUUGCUAGAGAAUAUGGGCCAUUCGAUCACCCGAAUGCAACCGUUCCUAUGAGUGUAUGGUGGUUGCUACCACAGUACAUAAUUUACGGACUCGCGGACGUGUUCACCAUGGUAGGCUUGCAGGAAUUUUUUUAUGAUCAGAUGCCAGAUGGGAUGCGGAGCAUCGGAGCUGCAGCUUAUCUUAGCAUCGUGGGCACCGGAAGCUUCCUGAGCAGUGUUAUUAUUUCAUUGAUCCAAGGUAUAAAACCGGAGUGGUUAACCAACGAUCUUAAUAAUUCGCAUUUAGAUUACUACUAUUGGCUUCUUGCAGGUUUGAGUGCUUUGUGGUUAUGUUUUUAUAUUUGUGCAGCCAAACGCUUUGUUUACAAGCAAACCUAUUAUGGCCUUCCAUAGCAUGCAUUGGUUGGUUGGGUAUGGUUUGCUUUUCUGUUUAUGAGAUGGCUCCUAAGAAAAAUAAGAAAUCCUUA